GGAAGUCAAAGUAACGGCGAGGGAGGAAAGAAGGGGGAGGCCCGGAAGUCGCCUGUCUGCCAGUGACAGCCCACAUCAGAAAAAAGCACUGCAGAAAUAAUUUUUUUAAAAAGGAUUUGCGCGCGAACGCUUCUGCUUUUCGGUUUAAUAUAAAUCACCCGAAUCGCCGCAGACAUGUCGAAGAAUACCGUGUCCGCCCGCUUCAGGCGAGUGGACGUGGACGAAUACGACGAGAACAAGUUUGUGGACGAGGAGGACGGAGGAGAAAAUCAGAUGGGUCCUGACGAGGCAGAGGUGGACUCGCUCAUCAGACAAGGAAAUCUCACGGAGGCUUUACAUGCAGUACUGAAGAACCCACCAAUCAACACAAAGAACCAGAACGUCAAGGACCGUGCGGAGGGUCUGGUGCUGAAGGUGCUCAGCUCCUUCAAGAGCGGUGACAUCGAGAAAGGCGUGCAGUCUCUCGACAAAAACGGCGUGGACCUGCUGAUGAAAUACAUCUACAAAGGCUUCGAGAGGCCGUCAGAGAACAGCAGCGCGGUCCUGCUGCAGUGGCACGAAAAGGCUCUGGCAGCUGGAGGAGUGGGGAGCAUCGUCAGGGUACUGACGGCGAGGAAGACGGUGUAGAAGACGAGCAGCUCACUCCACAUCCCUGACAGAGAGAGGGGGCGGUGCUCUGUUUAUGUAACAGAUGGCACAGGGACUAACAGGAAAACCCGAUUUUUAACCCAAUGAGAUGUUUUCAAGCCAAGACUUUAUUUCCUUUUUUUUUUAAGUACAGUCUGGCUGGUAUUAAGUUAAAAAUGGGUUUUCCUGUGGAGUCCCUGCACGGUCAUAGCUUAAAUCGUACUCCUCACAGGGUGCUACAGAUCAUUUUGUACCCGUGUGUCUGUGCUGAUUCCCCGACCUGUUAACCUUUAUGUCGAGGUCAUUCCUGUGCACUGUGCCCCCAGCGGUUCCCAACUUACAGAGGUAAAUGUUAGUAAAACUGCUCAUGAUUGAAUUGCAUAAAGCAGGGCUGUUGGUCAAAACCAGUAGAAACCAGAGCGCUCCCUGCUGGUCAGAAAGGUCGGGUGGCACCGCUGCGCGCACACGUUCAUAGGAACAAACAUGUUUUUCCAUCGUCCACCGAAUGUUUCAGGGAUUUUAUCUGUGAGGAAACUCUGAGUGUUUGGUUUCCAUCGUCAGAGACUUCCAGAUGGAAUAAAAGCCGGGCUCCGCCCCUCUCGCUGUAACACUUGAGCAGCGAGAGCUGCUUGAAAAGCACAGUCACGCACAGAGGGUGGUGGAUUUGCACUGGAGGAGGGGCCGGGGGGAUUCAUCCAUCUAUCCCCUCGUGCUGCCCCAGUUAAGGGUUAUACUACCCACGAUGCAUCUCCAUCGCCACUCUAUUAAUCCCACUUUGCUUGUGACCCCUCUGCUACUGAACAGGGCAUUGAUGCGGCUCUGCUGGUACUGUUCAUCGCAGCGUCUCUGGAAAACGCGCCACCCAGCGAACGUGCGCUCACACGGUUUUGAUUUGUUUAAAAAACUUUUUCACUAUUUAACAGAAAAACAUUAAUCUAGGAUCAAACAUCUGCUUUGUUUUCUUAUUGUUUUGAGUGACGUUAUUUUCGCCUUCACUCGCUCAGUUAAAAACACCGUUCGCAGGCCUGACACGCCGUUCGGUACGAUGAUGCGUUUUCUUCUUCUUUUUUGUGAACUGACGGGGAAUUAAUAGUUUAAAGAAUAGAUGAUGUAUUUUCAGUAUUCACUUUAGCAUUUCAUACCUGACAUUUGUUUUUCCAAGGUUUCAGGAAUUUUGUCUGUGAGGAAACUGUUUGGUUUCCAUCAUCAGACUCCCUGAUGGGAUAAAAGCCGGGCUCCGCCCCUCUUGUUGUUUUUUUUCUAUUUAUCCUGAGAGUUGGUCUAAUAAUAAUAAGACUUUUCCAACACAUUUUACAUAAUUUUCGUCCGCCUUAUUUGGUAGAUGACAUGUUGCCAAAUGUUUUAUUUUCGCUUUCAUGGAAUAACGUUGCUUACAUCUGGGAUUUAGUUCGGAGCUCGUGUGUUUAGAGAGUAAGUGGUGGAUUUUAUUACAUUUUAUUUUGAAACCAUGCAGUAUAUAUGAGCAUGAAAGAAACGCGUGUUGCGUGAGCUUUGCUCCGAGUGCAGACGUGAUGAUAGCUCCAGCGUUCGGUUCCUUUCUGCUCGUUUUCAAACACAGAGUUAAAGUUACUCAUAGAUUUUUAUUUAUUUGUUCAUUUUUUUUAAAUAUAAAACACAAGUCACUACAGUUGUGUUUUUUUUCAUCACCGGUUGAUAUUUAGACAUGAGUUGUCAUGUUUGAAUACUGUCAUCAGUGACGAUGCAUCCGGACAUCAGACACCUUCUCUAAUGCAGUAAAGACUAGAUUUAUGAGCUUCGUGUAUUUCUAGUCGGCGAUGCUCUUCUGGGUGAGAAGAUGAUGGAGCGCACCAAACU